GCUCUUGAAAAUGGCGUCGAAGGCGGAGGAGGACCAAAGCAGACCUCCACUCCAGAGCCAAAGCAACACCGCCUCCUCCACCACGCCUACCAGAAGCCCUCCCACCGUACCUCUCUCUCUCUCUCUCUCUUUCUUUCUCUCUGAUCUCUGCAAGUUUCUUGCGCAUUCUGUCGGAUUUGCAUUCGCGGUUUUGGCUCUGAAGUGAGGACGAGGAAGCGCGGGCCGAUUGCAGUCGGUGUGAUGCGGUUGAGUUUAGGAGAAGCAAAAGAAGUACAGAGCCGAUGAGCUCGGCGUGAUCGGGAAGAAGAGAGAGAUCCGCGGGCCGAGGAUGGUUGGCACGACGACGGCCAGGGCGCGGAGCCGGGAGGCGUUCUCGGUCGUCAACAGCGGGCAAGAUCUCUGCCCCAGCAGCGCUCCCGCGAGCAAUGCCGGCUCCGAGUGCGGCGGGAUGGAGUUCUCCAGGGAGGACGUCGACGCGUUGCUCAGCGAGAGGCCUAAAUCGAAGAACAAGUUCAACUAUAAGGAGAGAUGCGAGAAUAUGCAGGAGUACAUAAAAAGGCUGAGGCUUUGCAUUAAAUGGUUUCAAGAGCUUGAGGAUAGCUUUCUACAAGAACAGGAGAGGUUAAGAAAUGCCUUGAACUAUGUUCAGCAAAGGCUUGAUGAAUUAGAGGUUUCAUCACAAAAUAAGGAGGAAGAGCUGAGUUCUAUAAUUGUUGAGCUAAGGAAGAAUCUUGCAUCGGCUCAGGAGAAACUCACAAAAGAACAAGCAGAUAAGCUGGCUGCAGUAGAUUCUCUUGCUAAGGAAAGUGAGGGUAGACUCAACAGUGAGAGGUUGCAGGCUUCUCUUUCUGAAGAUCUUGCCAAAGCUCAACAAGAGCUAUCAAGUGCUAAUCAGAGAAUUUCGUCAAUUAAUGACAUGUACAAACGGUUGCAAGAAUACAAUACGAGCUUACAGCAGUACAAUUGUAAACUUCAGUCAGAUCUCAGUACUGCUAGCGAGAGUCUGAAGAAAAGUGAGAAAGAUAAAGCAACAUUUCUGGAGGAACUCAGCGCUUUAAGAGGUCAUCAUAACUCGCUGAAGGAGCAGUUUGCUUCAGUAAAAGCUUCUCAAGAUGAGGCUAUGAAACAGAAAGAGGUUUUGUCAAAUGAGGUAGUAUGUUUGAGAGGGGACUUGCAGCAAGUUAGAGAUGAACGUGAUAGACAUCGAGGGCAAGUGGAGGAUCUAUCAGCUGAAGUUGUUAAGUACAAAGAAUUUACUGGAAAAUCUUGCUCUGAGCUGGAUAACCUGACGCUAAAAUCAAAUGAACUGGAGACAAAGUGUUUGUGUCAGAGUGAGCAAAUAAAGAUUCUGCAGGACAGGCUGAUGGUUGCUGAGACUAGAUUGGAGGCAUCUGAUUUAUCUGCCCUGGAAACGAGAGCGGAAUCUGAAGAACGGAAAAAACUUUUAUCUGAAUUACAAAUCCGUCUAGCAGAUGCAGAAUUUAAGCUCAUCGAGGGAGAGAAAUUACGUAAAAAGUUGCACAACACUAUCCUGGAGUUGAAAGGAAAUAUCCGCGUAUUUUGCAGAGUGCGCCCUCUUUUACCUGACGAGAGCAGUUCAGAAGCAAAGGUGAUAUCCUACCCCACAUCCAUGGAGGCUCUCGGACGAGGCAUCGAUCUUGUUCAAAAUGGGCAAAAGUAUUCUUUCACAUUUGACAAGGUUUUUAUGCCCGACUCUUUACAAGAGGAUGUCUUUGUUGAAAUUUCACAACUUGUACAAAGUGCUCUUGAUGGUUACAAGGUUUGCAUUUUCGCUUAUGGCCAAACAGGUUCAGGGAAAACCUACACUAUGAUGGGUAGGCCAGGCCAUGUGGAUGAAAAAGGAUUGAUACCACGCUGUUUAGAGCAGAUAUUCCAAACAAAGCAAUCUCUUCAAUCUCAAGGCUGGAAAUAUGAAUUGCAGGUGUCAAUGUUGGAGAUAUAUAACGAAUCAAUUCGUGAUCUGUUACCAUCCAAUCGGUCAAGUACCGAUUCGACCCGGACAGAAAAUGGUAAUGCAAAGCAAUAUGCAAUCAAACAUGAUGCCAGUGGAAACACUCAUGUUUCUGAUCUGACGGUUGUGGACGUUCGUAGCACCAGAGAGGUUUCGUACCUUUUAAAUCAUGCUGCUCAUAGCAGGUCUGUCGGCAAGACCCAAAUGAAUGAGCAUUCAUCAAGAAGUCAUUUUGUUUUUACCUUGCGUAUUUCUGGUGUAAAUGAGAGCACUGAACAGCAAGUGCAAGGCAUCUUGAAUCUCAUAGAUCUGGCAGGAAGUGAGCGCCUGUCUAAAAGCGGUUCGACGGGUGAUCGUUUGAAGGAAACUCAAGCUAUUAACAAGAGUUUAUCAUCCUUAAGUGAUGUCAUAUUUGCUUUGGCCAAGAAAGAGGAGCAUGUACCAUUCAGAAACUCAAAACUUACCUAUCUUCUUCAGCCUUGUCUCGGUGGAGAUUCAAAAACACUAAUGUUUGUGAAUCUCUCUCCCGAUCCCUCUUCUGCUGGAGAGUCUCUCUGCUCACUUCGCUUCGCAGCACGUGUAAAUGCCUGUGAGAUUGGAGUUCCCCGGAGACAGAUAAGCACGCGGUCCUUUGAUUCUCGAUUGAGCUAUGGGUGAUUUUUUACAAAGAGGAGCCGCGUUUUUUUUUUUUUUCUGUUAAAAGUUGAUAUAUUUAUACCUUUAACUCAAGCACUCGCAAGUGAUAUUAAUGCUAACAUAGGCCGGUUGUCUUCUGUAUAGUGAAGCAUUCACCUGGGUGUAUCGUACAAAGUAAUUGUACCCAUCUUGUUUCUCCUGAUUACCGAAAAAUACGUUGCCUUGGGAUUGAGAUUUGACACUGUACAAUGUGGCUACAUCUCAAGUGGAUAAAGAGCAUUUAAUUCCGCUCGAAGCUCCACAAUUUGACUCGCAUUUGGAAGUAAAUCACUAAUCUCUGCUCACUACUAUGAGAUUAUUCUUAGUA